CGCCGCGGAGCCCCGGCCUAGCCCCGGGCAGCCGCCACCACGCCGCGCGCCGUACUCCGCGUCAAGAAUGGGGCGGCCAAGCUGCCCAAGCCGCCCGCCGCCGCGGCUGCCGCCGGCGCGGCCGAGGCGCCCGGCGCCGGCGCGGGCAUGGAGCGCUCGCAGAGCCGCCUCAGCCUGUCCGCCUCCUUCGAGGCGCUCGCCAUCUACUUCCCGUGCAUGAACUCCUUCGACGACGAGGACGCGGAAGGGGACAGCCGGAGGCUGAAGGGAGCCAUCCAGAGGAGCACGGAGACUGGCCUGGCGGUGGAGAUGCCCAGCCGGACGCUGCGCCAGGCCAGCCACGAGUCCAUUGAAGACAGCAUGAAUAGCUACGGCUCCGAGGGCAACCUUAACUACGGGGGAGUUUGCCUGGCGUCAGACGCGCAGUUCAGCGACUUCCUCGGCAGCAUGGGGCCGGCGCAGUUUGUGGGCCGCCAGACCCUGGCCACCACGCCCAUGGGGGACGUGGAGAUCGGCUUGCAGGAGCGGAAUGGCCAGCUCGAAGUGGACAUCAUCCAGGCUCGGGGACUGACGGCCAAGCCAGGCUCCAAGACACUGCCAGCGGCCUAUAUCAAGGCCUACCUGCUAGAGAACGGCGUCUGCAUUGCCAAGAAGAAGACCAAAGUCGCUCGCAAGUCACUGGACCCGCUGUAUAACCAGGUGCUGCUGUUUCCUGAGAGCCCCCAGGGCAAAGUCCUGCAGGUGAUCGUGUGGGGGAACUAUGGGCGGAUGGAGCGGAAGCAGUUCAUGGGUGUGGCCCGUGUGCUACUGGAGGAGCUGGACUUGACCACCCUCGCCGUGGGCUGGUACAAGCUCUUCCCCACCUCCUCCAUGGUGGACCCGGCUGCGGGGCCCCUGCUCCGGCAGGCGUCCCAAUUGUCCCUCGAGAGCACCGUGGGGCCCUGUGGUGAGCGAUCUUAGGGCCGGGGUUGGGGGGGCCCCCUGACAAGGCCUGGAGAACGCCCAGCCCCAACCUGGGACCCCAGGCCCAGGGGCACAUUGAACAGAGGAGGAUGGGGUUCUCCCCCACAGUGGGGAAGCAGAAUGGGGAAACCUGCCCCCCAGGGCCCCUCCUCACCCACUCUUUGCCUCCUAUCCCCUGAGACCUUCCCUCUCCCAACGGGAUUGGCUGCACUUUUGACUUGGCCGGUUCUUGCCCUGGUGGAUGUGGCUGCAAUCCGGAGAAAGGAGAGACUGAGGUGGCAGAGCGAACCAUCCUCCUGUCCCAGACACUGUCCGACUGCUCCCCCUUUUCGCCUCCUCGGAAGCUCGCUGCCCGGAGCCAAGUCCAGAACCCAGCGGCCAUCUCCAUGGUGCCAAUUACCAGCAAGUGUCUUUCCUGCGGCACCGGGUUCAGGCAGCUACUCCUGCCCCAAAGCUGAUGGGGCAGCCUUGCAAGGAUCCGGAGCCAGCUCCGGGGGGCCCAGAGCCUCCCGCUUGAUGAGGAGCUUGGCCUCCCUCCUCCUGCCCGUGGAAGGAGCUUUGCCGCAGCCUGUCUGAGUCCAUCUGUCUGUCCCUUCCUGCCUGCCCCUCUUCCGGUGGCUCUAGGAAUUGGGGUCCAGCAGGGACCAAAGGAAAGGAGGCAGUGCCCUGGGCCUGGCACAGACCCCCAGGGUGCCCUGCUCCGUGGGACCGCAACAAGCUCGUUGAAAAUGGUGGACUGGAAAGAACUGGAUCGUCUGCGUUUUGGUGAAGGGGCUGCGGGACACUGAUUUUUGAGAACCCCAACUCCAGAGAGCUCACAGCCUCUGAAUUUUGGGGAUGCUGGAUUGGAGAGGGAGUCAGUAAAGUUGGGAUUGGGACUGGUGGUGCCAAGGCAAGGGUUCCUCAAAUUAGGAGAAUCCCUCCUCGUUGGAUGAGGUCAAAGGUCUUCUUGUCUACCCCUCUGCCUCCAGGCUAGGGGUCUGGGGAGGCAACAGAGCUUCCCUAUUUUAGUCUUUUUAAACAAACCAUCCUAUACUAAGGGCAGAACCCACUGCCCUGGCCUCAACUACCUUGGCUCAUGAGUGUAAGAAUCAGGAGAUUCCUUCUCAAGCAGGCCUGGGUAGCUGCCUUCCUGGCCCGGCCCUCCCCGAGGCCUACGGAAGCCCUUUUGCAUGCUGGGAGGACACAGGCUGGCCCCUCUUUAUAGAAGCACAUUUCUGCCACCUCCCCCUGGGAGGCACCCAGCAGCCCCCCACCCCUCAUUACCCAGUCCCUGCUGUGUAGGGCGUAGUCCAAGUUAGCUGGGUAGACUUAGUGUUCCAGGCCCCGGGGCCUGUUCUUAGCUUGCUUAUAGUCCUUACAGAGCUCCAGGACAGGGGCGGAGAGGGGACGGCGGUCUCCCUGCUGGUCUGGGUCUGGGCCUGGGCCUGGGCCUGGAGCCGGGGUCGUGGGAGGCCUGCCGUUCCUCCCCUUCCCUCCCCCCGACCCCCAGGGUUGUAGCUGGAGCUGCCCC